GGGGAGAAGGAGAGAAGGACUUGGGGGAUCCAAAGAAAGGGGAAAGAGGGUGAGAGGAGACAGAAAAGAGGGAAAGACGAAGAAGGGAGAGGAGGAAGAAAAGUGAGGAAAGGCGGGGCAGGAGAGCCGAAUUGAGAGACCGAAGUCUCUCCCAGGGGCGUGAGAGGAGCGGAGGGGGAAGGAGAGCCCAGGGAGCGAGCCGGCUCGGUCCUGGCUGCCUCCCCGUGCUCCGGCCAGGGGCGCGGCGGUUGCGCCAUGCUGGGGGGCUCCUAGUGUGGCCGGGGUCGCCUCCCGGAGGGACGGGAGGCAGGGGGAUGCCCAUGGCUAGGGCCGCGCCCUGGCGCCCGUUCCCCGGGCUGCUGCUGCUGCUGCUGCUGGCGUCCGGCGGAACGCGGGGCCGGGCGCCUCUUGAGGCGGGGGCUCAGGACAAGGGUGAGACCAAGGCUGGUGCCCGCGGCAGCCCCAGCCCCAGGCCCAAACAGGCGCUGGAGGCGCCCAGCGAGCCCCCAGGAGCAAGCGGAGAUCGGUGCCUGGGCUAUUACGACGUGAUGGGUCAGUGGGACCCCCCGUUCAACUGCAGCACUGGGCCCUACCACUACUGCUGCGGGACUUGUGGCUACCGCUUCUGCUGCCGCGACGCCCCGCGCCGUCUGGACCAGAGCCGCUGCUCCAACUACGGCACGCCCAGCUGGCUGCAGACCGGCUCUCCGCGCUCGGCCGGAGGCUCCCCCGACGGCAGCACGGGCGGCGGCGGCGGCGGCGGCGGCGGCGGCCCCGGGGCACCCAGCCCGACUCGCGACCGUGCCCACGUAGCCGUCUACAGCGUGUGCGGGGUGGUGGCUCUGCUGGCGCUCGGCGCCAUCCUCACCCGCCUGGGGCUGGACAAGGCGCACAGCCCGCGGGCUGAGCGCGCGGUAGCCAGGACUCUGACCGACCUGUUGAAACAGCCUGGGCAGAGCCCCUCGGCCCCACUGCCCCCACCACUGGGCAGCAGUGUGCAGGUGCAGAUGGGUGACAGCCUCUCUCGGGGCUCCCCCCGAAACAGCACAGACAAAAAGCACUUGAACAACGCCCCCCUGGGCACUCCAGUCCUGACCUCGAUGGGGCUUGGCCCUCCCCACGGAUCCCGGCUACACCUGGGCAACAGCAUGACCCUGCAGCCUGACUACACCAAGUACGCCACCCUGAAGGCCGCUGAGAACGCCCCUGGAGAAUUCUACAAACGCUUCCCAUCGGUGGACGUGCCUGUGCCCAGCACUGUGUCCCUCCCUCCCCGGGGCCCCAGGCACCACAAGGAUCUGCCCCUGCUGUUGGACGGCUGUCCCUGGGCCACACCAGGCCCCAGGGCCAAAGGGCUAAGAAGUGGCACUCGGCCGUCCGCCUCGGGGCCGAGCCUAGGGCCCCCCACCUGCCAGGGCUGGGCCACUUCCCGGAUGCCUCCUCGGACCCCCCACGGGUCCCGGGCCCAGCCCUCCCCAGCCCCAAGGCGGCCCCCAGGUCACGUGCCCAAGCGUCAGUUCAGUGUGGAGCAGCUGGGUGAGGCCUUCAGCCACCAGCCCCCUGGGGGGCCACGCCACCUGACCACCAAUAGCAAGGCUGAGGUCACAGUGUGAGGGCUCCGGCCUCCUGGAUGCUGUUUCCCUCCUGGCGAGGGGCCUGCAGGAACAGGGCUGGGCUGGAUAGAGAAGCCAGGCAGGGAGUGCCUGGAGUCUGAGGAACUGACCAUGGACAAGGUCAUUCCCCUCGGGACCUUGGCUCCCUACCCUGUAGAAUGAGGGGUUGGUCCAGGGAACAUCCCCUAGAGCUGCCUGUCUCCAGUUACCUGGAUGCCUUCCAGCUCCCAGCCACCCCUAGCCUCCUCCUCCCCCAGCCCCAGGCCAGGCGCUUCAGAGAUGGGUAGGCCUGGGGCUCUCCCGGAGUGGGUCACUGAGGUCUGGGCCGGCAGGAGAGGGUCUGUGGCCCUCUUGUCACUAUUCCUCUGUGGGAUUUGGACCCUGCCUAGAUGUCGGGCCCCUUCUCUCCAAGGGCUUAAGGGGAAGGGGGGAAGGAGGAAUGGGGGGAUAUAGAGGGAGAAGAGGGGGCCAGGGGCUAUGCAGGAAGCUGCAUCUAUCUGGGGUCUCUAGUUGCUCCUUUGUAAAUAAAUCUAACCUCCCCCCCUCAAUAAACAUGACCUCCCCAGGAGAGGAGGCUGG